AUGGAUGUCGUAGAUCCUAUUAUUGUCGUGGAGCCUAUUAUCAAAAAAAAUCCAAAGGGAAAACCUAUUGGCAUUGAUAAAAAAAAACAGAUUAUAUAUCUGUACGAAGAUUUACUUCAAAAACAAAAUGAAAAUCCAGACAGCCCCCGAUUGACUUACAGACAAAGGCUCUUCAAAUUAUCAAUAUUAUUAGGUAUUGGACAAGUUACAAUACAACGAACGUUGUCUGAGUAUAGAAAUUAUGGUACAGUUUCACAGCCUAAGAAGACAAAAAAUAAACCGAAAAAAGUUACAGUUUCACAGCCUAACAAGACAAAAAAUAGACCGAAAAUAGUUACAGUUUUACAGCCUAACAGGAUAAAAAAUAGACCGAAAAUAGUUAACAAAAUCGACGAGUUUGGUAAAAAUGCUAUUAGGCUCAAAAUACAUGAUUUUUGGAGGAACCGAGAAGUACCAAUAAUUUCAAAAAUUUUAAUUGCCAUUAACGAGGAUCCAAUGUUGCCAAAUCUUAAUCAGAGGUCACUUGUAAAAGUGCUAAAAAAUUUGAAAUUUGAAUGUUUGAAAAUGAGAAAGACCCGCAAAAAUGUACCUCUCGAAAAAGAAAAUUUAAUUACGUUGCGCCGAAAUUACUUAGAAAAAAUAAGGUUUCUCAGAGCAGAAAAACGACCAAUAUAUUAUUUGGAUGAGACGUGGAUUAACGUAGGCGAGACACAGAGCAGAACGUGGGUCAAUGCAAGUGAAACGUGUGUCGAUAUGACGAUGACGGCGGGAUCAACACGCGAAGCAUUUGUUCAAGACCAAACAACAGGACAAAAGGACAAAUCAUCAGGUGAAGCAUUUAUUGAAGGCAAAACAAAAGGACAAAAGGAACCCUCCGGAAAAGGUAAGCGUCUCAUCGUUUUACACAUCGGGUCGACAGAUGGCUUUGUCCCGGGGGGCCUUUUAUGUUUCGAAUCGAAAACAAAUUCAAUAAACUAUCAUGACGAUCUAAAUAGUGAUAUAUUUUAUGAUUGGUUUGAACGAAUUUUGCCAUUAUUAAAAGAAAAAGCCGUCAUUGUGAUGGACAAUGCUUCCUAUCACUCGGUGAAGAAAUUCCAUAUGCCAAACAAGUUUUGGAAAAAACAGAAUAUUAUAGAUUGGCUUGAGAGCAAAGGGGAGAUCGUUAAACAUCCGGUACUAAAAAUUGAUUUACUAAAAAAAGUGAGACAACUAAAACAAUACGACGUAUACGCGAUAGACGAAUAUGCAAAAGACAAUGAAAAACUCGUAUUGCGAAUUCCACCGUACCACUGUGGGCUAAAUUCUAUUGAGCUCGCGUGGGUCUCCGUUAAAAAUUAUGUCAAGACGCACAACACAACUUAUGAAUUAAAGGACGUAAUUAAAUUAUUAAAAAAAGGGUUGGAAAAUGUAACACCAGAAAUGUGGACUAAUUUUGAGGAGCAUGUGAUAGAAGAGGAAGAAAAGUUAUGGAAUAUUGAGGGUAUAAUAGAAGAAAUAUUGGACGGAGAACUCGAAGAAAGAAAUACAAGUUCUUCAGAUUCCGAUUAA